AUGUCGAAUAUAAACAUCGAUAAAUCGACACCUGCUGUCAUCGAAUGGCAAUACGGUGACGCGACCCGUUCAUUGAUCGAGCCUGAUCCCAAAUACGCCAGCAUAACCUUCACGACACGCUUUGAUGCAACUACCUCUUUCUUCGAACUGAGCAUACCGAUCAAGAUAAAGAAUACCAGACUGAAGGAUGAUAAGGAUGGAGACAACGGCGUUUCAGCGCUCCUUAUGCGUAUUUGCUCUUCUGCUGUCAGCACCUUGUCCUUCGCCUCCACCACAGAGGCUCCCGACACGAUACAAAAGAAGCUCACAUCUCGUACGACGCGCCUUGACUUUAAAUUAAACCAAAAUUUUGAUACCCUUGUCCCUAAAAAUGCCGACGAGUCUCUUGUACCAGCUCGUGUGCAAUCGAGGAUAGUUCUUGAUGCUAUCCGUCAGAUCUCCAAUACAACUACAUUAUCCGUUUAUAUUCAAGAUGGUGUCUUGUCCAACAGCCAGCUGCAAUCCAUCAGUGACGCGUGCGGCCAAAAUUGUUCCAAAUCAGUUCGUAGCAAUGAUUACGACCUCUCCAGUCUCUACGGUGGCGAUGGAGCCAAGGUCAUCCAUCUCUCGGCCCAGACUGGACAACCUCCUCCAUCAUAUAACGAAAUCGGGUCUCCACCACCGAGCGCCCCAAUCAAUCCGUUAAAGCGGCGGCGCCAAGAUUCCGGGGCUGAACGCAGUGGUGCCACGACCGAAUUACAAGCUAUGCUCGAAAAGAUGGAAGCGCGAAUGCUAGCAAAGAUGGAGGAGCGGCUGAAGGGGCUAAAAACCGCGAAACAACCCCCGAGAGAAGACUUGAACAGACGCAUCGAAGAGCUGGAGAACGAGAACCAACGCUUGAAAGAAAGAAUGGAAGAGCGUAUCAAGGGACUGGAAAACGAGAAUCGGCAUCUAAGAGAAGGCAUAGUCAAGCUACGUGCACUCUUUGAGAACCAGACUGACGACAUUGACCGCGUGGGGGAGCAGACCUCCGAGAAUACCGCAGAGUUGGUAACUAUCGACGACGAACUGACGCACGUCAGGCACGAUGUCGACGAGUUGGUGGUCAAGGCCGAUUCUCUCGAAAGAGGCGACCUGGUAGAGAUGGUUAAGAACGAUGUUCUCGAAUACAUAAGGAUACGUCUAUGGGGGAACGAUUGA